AGGAUUAGAUUGCGCUUGAUAUUGUUCAUCGCGCUAGGAUCAAAUAAAACGUCCUGUAUACGACCUGUUUGUGGAUCCUCUGUUUUGCUUGUUAGGAUCCGAAGGGAUCCCACUGGAUGUGAUAUAAUAUAGUUCAAAGUUUUUAACUACACACAUAGAGUAGAUUUGGAGUGUGGAUGUGAUAUACUUAGUUCAAAAUCUCUUCAAAAAAGUCCAAGUCUUGUGAAAUACUAAGCAUACUCAGAUAUAAGUCAUAAUUUCAAGUUGCAGGCUGGAACACUGACUACGGACGAUAUCAUCUGUUAAUUCAAAGGAAUACGAAAAAAGCGAUAAAAACAAAGUCAAAGAUUAUACGAUACCAUAUUCAGGAGCAUUAAACUCAAACUGAAGCAACAAAAAUGACGACCACUUCUACAUCUUCAGCGGCAAAGCCCGCAAGCAAGGAGAAAAAAAUGAAGGUGAAAAAAUCGAAAAGCAAGUCUAAAACCUCCCCAAAAGUGGCACCAGCGAGGUCCGGCGCCUCAUCUACGACCACUAGUGGUGGAGGUGCAGAGUCUGAUGAUGAUGAAGUUGAAGAGGAACAACAAGUUUCAUCUUCCAGGAGCAAGACUGCUUCUGUCAAGAGAACGUCAUCUUCUACCUCAUCUGGCGGAGGUAGUUCUAGUACGACAAAACCUUCGUCCUUAAUGAAGAUGGCAGACUACUUGGGGAAACAUCGUAAAGAGGACGCAUCCGCAGGGGGAGACUUUGUUCCUGUGCCUCUAGAUGAUAUCAGCGAUGUCUCUAGCGCUUCCAGAAAAGCCCUCGUUGAGGAGAAGAAAAUCAAUUCUCUGUUCGAAAUUCAAGCGCGUGUCUUUCCUCACGUUCUCGGUGGCAAAGACGUGGUCGGCAAAGCCAAGACCGGUUGCGGAAAGACCUUGGCUUUUUGUCUGCCUGUUGUGGAAAAAUUGGCCAAAACUGCUGGCUUGCAUGGAUCCUCGUCAGCAACUGCGAGCUCCUCCUCCUCCUCCUCAUCAAGAGGUCCUGGUGGUUUGCAAAGGAAGCGUCUGCCUUUGGUGAUCACACUUGCGCCUACACGAGAGUUGGCGAAGCAAAUCCUGAAAGACUUCGAACUGCUUGGCAAUGCGCAUGGCUUUCGCUCUGAAUGCCUGUACGGUGGCGUUCCUUUUGGACCUCAGUGCCAACUGCUCAGAGACGGUCGAGACAUCAUCGUGGCAACACCGGGUCGAUUAUUGGAUCACAUCAACCGGGAGACGAUCGAGUUGAAGAAUGUCAAGUACUAACUUAUUUACUUACUUACUUACUUACUUACUUACUUACUUACUUACUUACUUACUUACUUACUUACUUACUUACUUACUUACUUACUUACUUGCUUACUCUCGAAAAUGCAUGCAUUUCUUUGAGCUGUUUCUUAGGCUUGCAAAUAAGCGGAUCAUGUCUAAUAUGAUCUAUGUAUUGUUUUUUGGGUUUUGUUGAUGAAUGUUGAUAUAUUAUCUGGAGUUUAUUUACACACAGUGUCGCUCCUGCUCCUGCAUCCGUCCUGCUUUGUUUUCCUUUUCCCAAUUUAUAACUCACUCUGACACUCCUUCCACCACAACAAACCACAGCACCUUAAUUCUCGACGAAGCGGACGAGAUGUUGUCCAUGGGCUUUCAAGAAGAUGUUGAUAGCAUCCUUGAAGCAAUUCAAACGCAGGCAGCUGGCGCUGCAGGUGCUGGAACAAGUACUUCUACUAGGGUUGUUCAAAAACUCCUCUUCUCUGCAACACUCCCCGCUUGGGUUAAUGAUCUCGUAAAAAAGAAGAUGAGUCAUCCGGAAUGGGUCGACAUCACCAAGAAUGACGGAAGCGACAAAUCUGCUUCGCGAACCAACAAGAACAUCCAGCACAAGUGCAUCUUUUGUCCUCCGAUGUACAAGGCUGAUACUCUAGGAGACUUUGUGAAGGUGCAUGCAGGAGCGUUGUUUGGAAAGACGAUCAUCUUCUGCGAUUCCAAGAAAGAAGUCGAUGAAUUAGCGCAACACGAGAAACUAGUGCAACUCGGCGCAGGCGUUCUGCAUGGCGAUGUGCAGCAGAAUCAACGAGAAGUCGUCAUGGAGAACUUCCGUCUGGGCAAGAUCAAAGUCCUGGUGGCCACGGACGUGGCCGCUCGCGGUCUCGACGUUCCCUGUGUGGAUUUGGUGAUCAACACACGACCCCCUAAGGACGUGGAGUCCUACGUGCAUCGCAGUGGACGAACCGGUCGCGCUGGGAACAAGGGCGUUUCGAUCGUGUUUUAUAGUCGCAGCGAUGAGUACAUGAUCCGCAUUAUGAAGCGCAAAUUGGGUUUGGACGACACUUCCUUCGCCCGUGUUGGACCAGCACAGCCCUUUGACAUUGUGAAAUCCGCUGCCAAGGACAGCGCUAGGUUUUUGGAUAACAUUCACGAAGACAACAUCGAUGCGUUUUUGGAGCAAGCAGAAGCGUUGAUCGAGGAACGUGGUGCAGCGCGAGCUCUGGCUGCUGCUAUGGCAGGACUGACUGGCUACACGAAACGCGUGCAAGGUCGAUCUCUGCUCAGUUGCUUUGAGGAGUCUGUUUGUUUCAUGCUGAAGUCUGAAGCGAAACCGAUCGAGACUACUGGCAAGGGCUUCUAUUUGCUCCGCCAGUUCUUGCCAGAGGAGAUCACGCAAGGUGGGAUCAAGGCAAUGACCUUGUGUGCGGAUGGCUACAGCUGUGUCUUCGACGUUGCCAACGAGCACGCUAGUGUUCUGAGGCAGUAUUGUCAAGAAAAGGGCGAAAAAGCAUCGGAAAUGUGGCGUGGAAUCACGUUGGAGGAGCCUCGUGAAUUACCUCCACUAGUCGACCGAAAUGCCGGAGACUGGCAGGCCGAUGAGCAGGCAUUGCGCGAUCAAAAAAAGGCAUUGUGGGAAAAACGCACCGGUCAAAAGGGCACCGGUCAAAAAGGGAAAGGCAAAGACUCUGGAGGUGGAAGUAAAGGCGGUGGAAAGGGUGGAAAGUCCUUUGGAGGGAAGUCAGGAGGAGGAAAAGGAGGAUUUCAGGGACGAGGAGGUUCAUCAGCAGGAAAGGGCGGAGGUAGACCGUCGCCGUAUUAGAUGUGUGUUAAUAGAAAAUGCAGGUCCCAAGUCUAAUAGACAAAUAGAAUCAAUAGAUUCAAUUCAUCAAUAGGCAAAUAGAAGAUGCAGUUGGUUCCCAAGUCCUCAUGAAACCACAAGUCCUCAUGACAUGAACAUGAUAGAAGAUGAAAAUACUAUGUCCAUUUUUCUCAAUAUGCCCUAACCGAGGAGCGAGCCCGUUUUGAUUCAAACAAAUAGUGAAUGUCAUGAUGCAAGACGUGAAACAAAUAACAUUUAUCAUCCUGAACUGCUGCACGAACUGUACCAAGAACAUAGUUUUAGAAUAUUCACGAUUCACUCGUCACGGCAAAGCAACAUGCAGUCGCCUUCGAGGUGAGAUUUUAGGUUGUUAAUACAGCUGAACAAGUUUGGUGCCGAGUACGUGUUGCUCGUCCGCCUGUCACACCUGUCAUUCCACAAACAACUCAACGGCUACUUGUCGUGACAAUAAACAAGAAUGCAAAUAAUUCCAUAAAUCUCUGACUCUUUCUUGCUCCUGGCGGACGCAAAGUUCGGCAUGGCCAUGAUAUUCUUCUUCGUUCUUCUUGCUCAAAAAAGAUCCCAGUUCCAAAUACUCCAGCGUGUCUCAACACAAGAAGAAGAGCAAGACCUCUGAACACGGAUACUCUUGU